UUUCUCAGGCGUGAAAUCCAAUACAGGAGUGACUCAGAGAAACUCCAUUCUACCACUAUGAAGAAAAGUGGUGUUCCUUUCGUUUUGGGUAUCAUCUUCCUGACUCUGAUUGGAGUUCAAGGAGCUCCGGUAAUGAGGAAGGGACGCUGUUCCUGCAUCAAGACCAGCCAAGGGACGAUCCGCCCAAAACUGUUAAAGGACCUUAAACAGUUUGCUCCAGGCCCUUCUUGUGAGACAACUGAAAUCAUUGCUACAAUGAAGAAUGGAGACCAAACAUGUCUAAACCCAGAUUCAGCAGAAGUGAAAGAAUUGAUUAAAGAGUGGGAGAAACAGGUCAGCCAAAAGAAAAAGCAAAAGAAAGGGAAAAAACAUCAGAAAAACAAGAAAUUUCCAAAAGUUAAAAAAUGGCAACGUCCUCGUCAAAAGAAGGCUACAUAAGCCACCCCUUUACCAACAAGUAUUUUCUGUUGAACAGAUUCUUUUUAAUUAUACUGACAUAAUUUCAAAGAGGGAUGCCAUCUUAAUACAUAAGCUUGUGGAUUUGACUAGAACAUUUAAAGCUUUAUUAUGAAAUUAUAAUUAAAGCUAGAAAGUGCUUUUAAAAUCCAAAUGUUAAGAAUUGUUAGAGGCUAUAGUUUGUCUUUGUUUUUGACUCCAACCAACUGAAUUUCAUCAUGCUUAAGACCACAAUCUUAGUAACGCCCACAUCUAGACAAGUGCCCACACAGCCACAUCCUACACACAACAGCUGCCUGGGAAAGCAGCCCUAGUCUCCCCAGGCCACAGACUGCAGUCCCCAGAGAGUAUUCUGAGGCACAUGUCAGCAAGCCCCAGCCCGUCAGCAUGCUGGUAAGCCAAGCAGCUCGGAAUCGAGCUGGACCUCACCAAGCUGCCAUGGCCAUCAGCGUCUGUAUUUGAAUCAGUCUAGAGGGCUCCCAUACAAUGUAUCUGAGAGACCUAUGCCGGUUGUUUCAGGGGACCACCACUGGAGAACACUAGCACUUGGCUUUCAGAACCUUCUGUCUAUCUUUUGAGGCCAUGCGACUCCAUCUUGCCUGCCCAGGCUGACCACUUUGUUUCUUCUUGUUCCCCUCUCCUUCAGUCCAGCCAGUUCCUCAUUGUCCUACCACAGUUCAAUGCCUGCCUCUUCUACUACCCUGAUCGUGCUCUCAUUCACCUGGGUCUACUCCUUUCUCACUCUUUCCCCAACACCCCACAGGAACGCCACCGUCUCCCCACUCAUCCUCACUUGAUCCAGUCUUCAAGGCUCAGUUUAAUACUGCCUCUUAAAUAAAACCUUUUGGACACUUGGAUUAUCUUAAAAUUCCUAUUUCACUUGUGUUCCAUACCACACAGGUGAGCAUUUAAUUGUUUUCUAAUUAUUUUUUGUGUCUUUAUUCUGUCUCUCCAACUAAAUUGUCAGCUCCUUGAGGGCAGGAGCCACAGUUUGUUUCCAUGAAUCUGCCACAAUUCCUAAUAGACUAUGGAACUAGGUUCUGAAUAAUUUCUUAAUUGCAGUUGUUAGAGAUAGGCGGGCAACCAGACCAUCUCCUCAGAGCAGGAGCUGGCUAUUUACUGGCUACUCCAUAUUGUCUAACCCCUGGUAAGCUCUUUGACUCUUUGCUUCAGGCCUUUGUCACUGCAGGGACCAGGGGUGAUGCAACAUCUAUGACUUAUUAUGGCAGGAUGUUAACUUGACCUCUCCCAAGAAAUACUUAAACAUUUGUGGAUAUUGUUAACUGUUUUCAUAAAAUAUACAGGAUUCCUAGAAUCAUAGAAUCUUACAAUGCGAAGGGGCUUUAGAGACCAACCAGUGUCCAACCUUUUCCCUCAAAAAUUCCUUCAAUACCAUUCCUGACAAGCCUCAGUUUUCUAUGAUCUGACAAGAAAGACACCAAGAUCCUUUUGAAAACUCAUUUUAGGUAGAUAUGAAUUUCAUUGUUAGUUUAACUUGUUUCAGAGUCUAUAAAGUAUUAUAAUUAUUGAUUACCACAUCAGCUCUCAUGAAGAAAGGGGGUGUGGAGUAGCACAUCCUGGUAGUGGAGGCCUGGUUGGUGCCCAGUUAGCCUCAGCGGGGCUUGGAAACCCCCUGAAAGAGGAGGUGCAGUGAAUUGUGUAGGAGAGGAUGUCUUUGGCCAGAAUUUAAAGUUAGACCUACUUUCCCAAAUUUUGUCACUUCUUACAUUGCAGAUGAUUUUCAGUGCUGCCCAGUGAUAAUCCCACCAAACAAGAUCUUCUCAUAAAACUCUUCAGCUCCUUCCAUGUAACUCCCCUAAAAUAUCUAAAUGUUUCAUAAUUGGAGAGUCUGUGACCCAGUUACUAUGCAUCUCACAGGAAACUUGGACUGUAUAUAACUAAUAACCAAAGACCACAUGUUUUGACUAAGUAUGACGUAUAUAUAUACAUGAUAAUCACUCAGCAUUUAUAUAUACAUGUAUACUCUCUAAGCAAAUAAUUAAGUUGAAAAAAGUAUUAACAUAUAUACUUUGUACUUUGAAAUAUUUUCUUUGUUAAAAAACAAUAGUAUCAAUAAAUGGA